AUGGCAAUUCUUGCGGUGACUCGAAGACGCCUAAAUGACGGCGUCGCUCCAAAUUCUAAAGACUUGAUAUCAACAUUUCCACAUAUUCGCGAUGAUCUCGGAGCACCAUGUGUUUUCUACUCCGCUAUGGAAGAGCCAGAGGCAUUCUUCCAGAUGGUGGAGUUUCCUUCACUCGAAGCAUACAGAGCUAUCAAUUCAUCUGCCAAUUUCACAAAAGCUUUUGAUGCCCUGGAUCGACUAAGUGUAGUUGAAUGGCACGAGUUGGUUCCCAUUGACAAGAUAUCUACGCUACCACUUGAAGCGCCCGUGAUGACAGUGUCGCGCUGUUUCUUCAAGGAGUACGACGGCCAUCCUCAGAUGUACUUCAAUGAGGUUCGCGCUUUACUGAACAGAAUUGAGGCAGAAACGAAACCAUGGCGCUACGUUGGUAAUUGGACCAUCGACACCACACCCGAUUGCCACAAGUGGGUUGUUUUUGGCGGAUGGAGAAGCAAGAAACACCACCAAGAGUUCGCAACUAAACUAAAGAAGGAUUGUGGCUUCUUUGAGGGAAUUCCCGAACACUACGAUGAGGGAACUGUCCAUAGGCACUGCUGGGAUAUGGAGAAGAUACCAUCGUCAGAGAUUUUUGAGACGCUGCAAGGCUUCAUACCACAAAAGAUUACAAAAGCACGCACAUGAUCCUUUCACAGAGAGCAAUUACUCUGCUGCAGAGAUGUU